AUGGCUCUCCCAGACAACGUUCAUCGCCCUCCUCAUCUUACAUCAAAAACCUCGGCGUCUCCUUUUCUCAAGGAGCCUAUAUCCAGAAGAAUGGCUCUGCUGAUCUGCACAGCCCCAAUUAACUCGGCAGCGUUCUCCCCGGCCUCGCACGCACGAGAGAGGAGGGUCAAGGAUGCCAUUCCCCUCGACAAUGCAACCUCUGAAGGACUGAAGUACUACGAUCUUGUUGAAGGGAAGGGUCCAAUUGUUGAGAGGGGUGCUUUGGUCAAGGUGCAUUUUGACUGUGUCUACCGUGGCAUCACAGUUGUGUCCAGUCGAGAAUCUAAACUUCUAGCUGGAAACCGUAUUAUCGCACAGCCUUACGAGUUUAAGGUUGGUUCUCCGCCAGGAAAAGAAAGAAAGCGUGAAUUUAUUGAUAAUGCCAAUGGGCUCUAUUCAACUCAGGCUGCACCGAAACCUCCACCGGCUAUGUAUACAAUAACUAAAGGGAUGAGAGUUGGGGGAAAGAGAACUGUAAUUGUUCCUCCCGGACUUGGUUAUGGUGAGAAGGGGAUGAAUGAAAUACCGCCUGGGGCGACAUUUGAACUGAAUAUUGAGCUUUUAGAAGUGAUGCAACCAAUUUAGGAAGGACUAAUUUUAAGUUUUUUUUUUAUUGAUUCAUAUUAUAUGUUUGCAGCUUUC